AUGAAUGAAAACAAUCCCUCUCGAAAGACCCCCUGGAGAUGGUUGAAGCCAUGUCAUUCAGACCCUCAUUUGGCACAGGAGAGAAGCAGGAGGGCAGCCAGUCGAGAUGUAUGGACUUUCGUCUUUAGAACUAUCCCGUCCUCUCUCCCUGCUUCAAGGCAUGGGUCUACUGAACGAUCUUCGGGCUUCGUUUCCAAGUUCGUCAGCAAAGCGACCAAGCGCUUCGGUCGAGGCGCUAGACAGUCUCCCAACCCUGAACCCACAGCUGCAAGUUCCAGCUCACAGGACAUCCAACAUGUUCAAUCAAACAAGUCUUCCAAUUCUGGUGUUGCAGAAGCCGAGCAUCUUGACCCGAAAUUUGUGAACGAAAGAAUUGCUGAAGCUACGAAAGGUGUUGCAGGCAUCGGCCAGGUCCCAACAAUAGUCCAGGGUGCUUCUUCUGCGAUCAACGAGCUACCAUCUGUUUCUACUACAAUCGAUACCACAAUCGACAACUUCUCCGCGUUUCUUCGACCCUUGAAGGCGUUCAACACCAUCGCCAACUCUAUUGCAAAUGUCCAUCCCUACGCGAAGGUCGCAUUGAGUAUCUUCACUUGCGCGUCCAAGAUGAUUCUCGAUCAGGCAGAACGUGAUGUCGCCGUUUCUACUCUACUCUCAAAAAUAUCUGAAGUCUAUACAUUCAUCACGGAAGAGGAGGAAUUGGCCAAGAUUGAAUCUAUGCCAUUACUCUCAGACGAAGAGCGCUUGUGA